AUGCGUCCUAAUCUUGCUCUCCUUUCACUGAGCAUUCUUAUAAGCUCAGUGGCAGAUUAUGCCCAGGCCGCCAAAACCUGCCAACCCUGCCAUGGACCCUGCGCGGCCGCUGUACGCCCAGGCACCUCAUUCAACCAGAACCACGACACGGCAGCCGACUGCAUUGCGUUUCUAAGCGGAAGUGGGAGUAUUCCUGACGACAACAGUCAGCCCGACCUCCUCGGUGUUGACGACUCCAGGUAUUUCUUCAACCCCAGAUACUUCGCCAUCUUUACUUCGACCCCCGCCUCCUCUGGAACAGCCACUGUCUCUUCUGAGCUCGCGACUACGCCAUCAUCCGAAUCAUCUACACCAUCCGAAUCAUCAACUACCCCUCCCGAAUCUAGUUCUGGAUCUACUACUACACCUGAGCCUACUUCCACGCCCGGAUCUACCUCUUCGCCUGGAUCUGCUUCUAUACCCGAGUCUACUUCCACACCCGAGCCUACUACUACACCUGAAUCUACUUCCGCACCCGAGCCUACUUCCACGCCUGGAUCUACAACUAUAGCUCAAUCUACCACCGCGCCUGAGUCCACUGCCAGCUCAACGCCUACUUCUACACCUGAGUCUACCUCUAUACCUCAAUCUACUACCGUGCCUGAAUCUACCUCUACCGCGCACGAGUCCACUACCAGCUCAACGUCAACAUUGGCAACUGUGCCAACUGGGUUCCCCCGUAUUAUCGCGACCGAUGUCAUCGGCGGUGCCUCUCGCGAACUGAAGCUCGUCAAGCAAACGACUACCUUCUACCUCACCUACGCCGCCACUGCCACGCAAUACGCUCCUGCCAACGGCGUGCCUUAUUUCUUGGACCAUGUCACGGGCCGUUUGUCCAUUACCCUCUCGCCUGGCUUAACCGGCGAUGUCCAAACGUACUUUUUCACCUAUAAUACUCCUCUACCUAAUGGCAGUGGUUAUAUCGGCCAAUGGAUGCUCGCAUCAGACAUCGCUGCUACUGCCAACAAGCGCUACGUUCGUUGCACGCGCAACACUAGUGGCCAGUUGACCUGUCUCUCUGAAGCUGAUUCGGCCCUCUUGUUCCUCCGCACUGCUACUGCUUCCAAUGUCUACAUUGGAAACCCUCCGGCCGCAGGAAACUCCGUUGCUUUAACUCUGUCAUUGCCUCUUGCCUAA